AUGUAUAGGUCUCGAGGAACUGCCCCUCAGGGGGGCGGCAUCCUCGGCGCCUUGAAGGCGACUGAGAUGUUGGAUUCGAGGCCAACGCUCCCAGCAGAAAUACUCGUCGCGAUCCUGGACUACCUCCCCGUGGCAGACUUAAUGCAGGUUGCUCGAGCGUCCCGUCGAAUGCAGGAGAUGGUAUAUGACGAUACAAGAUGGGUGGCCCGUUUGAAGAGCAUGGGGUGCUGGAAUGAACAAGAGGCGAGACGUCGAUUUGAAGAGGCGUUGAGGAGGAGGCGGGAAGCGGCCGAACGUGCAGUGAACGGAGCCAACAACCAGCCAGGCGCUGCGGUGAACCAUGCGGCACCGAAGCCUACGAGUACGACCUUGUUCGACGCCACGCUCGAGGAAGAGCGCCAGAAACGCCAGUCCACCGUCGCCCCUCCUCUCGACGGGUUCGAGCGAAUGACGGUGGGAGCGCCCGCGCCCAAAGAUCCGUUCAAGGACCCAGAGGCACUGUUGGACGUGAUCAAGAACGCAAAGAGCGUACGGGGGCACGCGAGGGAAGAGUAUGGCAAAAUUUACGGCGCGCUAGCACCGUUUUACUUCGACCUAGCCAGGGCGAAGAGCCACACGGAUCCCAUCGUAUUCCAGGUGUUUCGGGAUCCCGAACGGCAAGCGAGGAUGCUUUCGAAUCUGCAGACAUUUGCCAAGAGCGACUGGGCGCAAGGGUGGAACCAGAGAGAGGAACGACUUAUGACCAUGACGAGCAUUUUUGAGAGCGCGGUGCUCCGGGAGUUUGAGCAGGGUUACGAGUUUUGGGACGUCGACGGCAGGAUGAAGAGGUACGCGCAUGUGCUGCACGCGCUGAACGGGGGCAACGCGGGGACGGAGCUGUUCGUCCAAAAGCACCCCAUCUUCAGCGAUCGUGAUGUUCUGGCCGCGAAUUCGGUAGACUGCAUCAAUCGGGCUAACCCGGAAGACAUCAACCUGGAGCCGUCGCGUGUGUUCUUUGAGAUGCUGCUGCGGAAAAUGAACGAACAGGCGGAGGUCAUAGAACGUAUAUUCGCCAAUCCCGAAGUCGUGUUUUGGGAGCUGAUGGAGAAGGUUAGAGAGGACAUCAUCAUGGACUACGUCACACCGCUGUUCGAUACCGCACACGACCGAAAUCUGCUUUCGUACCUGAAGGCCGUGGCGGGGGUGUUUGAGCAAGGCAUGCUCUUCUUCCAAUCGCUGGCAACACCGGAAGCUUUCAAAGGGAGGCUCGAGGACAAGGCAAAAGAGAUGAUGUUGAGGGUGUUUGAGCCGCAUCUCGACCUAUACCUGCAGGAAGAGCUCGACUUCUUCACACAACACGCCGAGACGGAGGUUGCGGAGUGGGAGAAGAAGCUUUCGGAACAGGACGCCUCGGUCGAAUCGUUCUACAUGAGCAACUUCAACCGGCAAGCGGACAAGAAGGAUUUCCUGAGCUCUUUCAAGAAGGUAGUGAUGAUGCCAGUCACUGUCCUGCCCUCAUUUGGGACUCCAGCAGCGAAACCCACGACACCAAACGGCACAUCUGCCAUCUCACCGCAGCCGUCCAGACCCCACACUCCCAGCCUUGUGCCUGGCGGCGUGGAUGGCAGCGGACGGCUCAGCCCGCUCCCCGGAAAAGCCCCAACCGACGAGCUCGCGGCCAAGGCCGCGCUCAUGGCGUCGCGUAUGGAGGGCAUCAAGACGCUGUUCAGCAUCGAGGUUGCCCUCAACCUGACGCACGCCGCCAAAACGAGCAUGGCGCGGGCAUCCGGCUUCAUCAAGCUGGGGGGGCAGUACGGCGAGGAGGCCCGGGAGCAGUGCGAGACCAUAUUCGUGGUGAUGCUCCGUAUUCUCGGGAACAGGCACGUUAAGCCUGGAUUCGACAAGGCCGUGGAGCACCUCUCGCACUACAACCCGCGCGAGGUCAGCAACCACGACCAGUCAGGCGUGGCGCCGCUGGUGACCUUUAUCGAGCUCGUCAACGUGGGCGACCUCAUCUCACAGAUGAUUGACGUGUUUUAUGAGCAGCAGCUCUCGGGGCCUAAGAUCGCCGACAAGAACGACUUCCUCGACCCAGCGGGCAUCGCCAAGAAGAAGUGGGAGCAGAUGCUCGACGAGAGCGUCGCGGCAGGUCUGAACAAGGGCAUUGACGUGCUCAUGGAUGAGGUCGAGUAUCUCCACGGCACGACGCAGCAGCCGACCGACUACAACCCGGAGGAGACUGGCGGCAUCCUCGCGGACCCGGGCCCGACGCAGACGGCGCAGCGCAUCAAGGACCUCGUCUCGGCGCACACGCGCAUGCUCGUUGGCAGCACCGACAAGUCCAUGCUCGACGUCUUCAACGGCGAGGUCGGCCUGCGCCUCUUCACGGCCGUGUGCAAGCACCUCAAGCGCCAGCGCGUCAGCACCGAGGGCGCCAUCAAGCUCAUCGCCGACAUGAACCUGUACUUCGAGUACAUCCGCACCCUCAAGAACCAGGACCUGCUGGCCUACUUCAAGGCCCUGCGCGAGCUAAGCCAGAUCUACCUCAUCGACCCGCGCCACGCCAAAGAGAUGGCUACCAUCAUCGCCGACGGCGACCGCUUCGAGGGCGUCUUCCGCGCCGAGGAGGCCUAUGAAUUUGCGCAGCGCCGGGCGGACUGGUACCAGGUCCGGAAGGACGUCGAGAGGGCCAUGUACGGGAUGGAGUGUUCAUUGAUGUAG